GAAGGGAAAUAAAAAAUUUUUUUUAAAAGUGUGGCUGAAACAAAGACCUCCAGGCAUUCACUUUGUAGACUGGCGGCUCACUUUGUCGCCUCCGUAGUUUGUCUAAAGAAUUAGCCAUCCCAGCCAGGUGUUAAUCUCGCCAGCACCUGGGUCGAAGGGACAGCGUUUACGGGGAAGGGCCAGCGAAAAAUAAAGUCUCAUUCAUUGGCUCGCAAGCUCUUGGGGCGGGGCUGUCAGCCCUCUCAGCUCGACGUCAUAUCCGGAAGAGUUGCCCCAGGAACUUCUCGGUGCUUCUUCCGGGUCUCCUGGCCCACUUGGGCGGUAGGGGUAACACGUCCAUGGCUCUGCCGCCUUACCCCAGCCGCUUUGCCCCUAUCUGUCCUGUCCCGCCGCCGCCGCCACCUCCUCCUCCCCCUCCUGCUCCGUUCCGAUGCCUUCCCUUCGGGCCGCCCCCGCCUCCCCAGGCCUAUCCGCCUCCACCGCUACCUCCGCGACUGGGCCCCUUCCUGGGAACUCCAGGCCCUAGCGCGGGCCCCUUCCUGCCGCCGCCGAUCCCGCCGCCGCCCCCUAUCCCGCCACCCCCUCCUCCCCCCCAGUGUAGGCCUUUCCCGGGGCUCGAGGGCGGGGAACGGCUUCCGCCACCCUCCCCGGCCCCUCCGUGGGCCCAGCGCUGGGCAGAGGCCCCGCCACCCGACGGGCUCGGGGACACGGCUCUGCAGCGCCAGCGGGACCGCCAGUGGCUGGAAGCCGUCUUCGCAGCCCCACGGCGAGCGAACGGCCCGCCGACCUCAGGGGCAGCGCCGGCGGCUGCUCCGCCCGGGCCCAGCCUCGGCGAGCUCCGGUGGCGGCUGCGCGGAGCCCUGCGCCUGGUGAGCCGGCUGCGCGGCCUGUGCCGUGCCCUGCGGGAAGCCGAGGCAGACGGGGAGGCCUGGGAGCGGUUGCACCAGCAGGCGGCUCCGCUACGGGAGCAGCUGCGCGGGGACCUCGAGCCGCUGGGCCAGGCUGCUUACGUGGGCGCCGCGCGGAGGAAGCUGGAGCGCGUCCGGCGGCGGCGGCAGCGGCUGCGGGACAAGGCCCGCGAGCGCGAGGCCGAGCGCGAGGCAGCCCAGUCCCGGGCGGCGGAGCGCGAGGAGGAGAUCGACCGCUGGAGGAACAAGUGCGUGCAAGAAGUGGAGGAGAAGGCCCGGGAACAAGAACUCAAAAUUGCUGCUGAUGGUGUUUUAUCAGAAGUGAGGAAAAAGCAAGCAGAUACCAAGAGAAUGGUAGAUAUUCUUCGAGCCUUAGAGAAACUGAGGAAACUGAGAAAAGAGGCUGCCGCUAGGAAAGGGGUUUGUCCACCUGCCUCAGCAGAUGAAGCUUUUGAACAUCAUGUAGAGAGACUGAGAAAAUUAAUCAAAAAACGCACUGAACUGUAUGAAGCUGAAGAAAGGGCACUACGAGUUAUGUUGGAGGGAGAACAAGAAGAAGAGAGAAAAAGAGAAUUAGAAAGGAAACAGAAAAAAGAAAAAGAGAAGAUUUUACAUCAGAAACAAGAAAUUAAUUCCAAGUUAUUUGGGGAUCCAGCUGAGUUUCCACUUAGUCACCUCCUACAACCCUUCAGGCAGUAUUAUCUACAGGCAGAACAUUCCUUACCAGCUCUCAUUCAGAUCAGGCACGAAUGGGAUCAGUAUUUGGUACCCGCAGAUCAUCCGGAAGCAACCUCAGUUCCUCAAGGGUGGGUCAUUCCUCCACUCCCCAGCAGUGAUGCCUGGGCAGCUGCGCUCAGACUAAACCAAUGAAGAUGGUCUCGUGAACAUGCUUGUGUCUCUACGUACUGAGCCAGGACAGAACCUUUGAGCUCUCUUGGGCAGCACUGAGUGAAAGUUCUAUUUUCAUGAUGUAGAGUCCUGUGCUGGAGGGACCUUAGGAAUCAGUAGGUUAAUAUUGAUCCUCUGGAAAGGCAAAGGACAGGGAGGAAGGGAUGUAAAUUGUGCUCUUACUGUAUAGAAUGGCCUUUGUGGUUGCACUUUUAAAUUUAAUUUGCCCCUAUUUUGAGGGGGUGGGUCAAAUGUAACUUCUCUUAUGCAAUGUGUGUGGGUGUGUUCAUGUACACAAAGAGAAAAUCCAGGUAUGCACUGUUGAUCUUUCCUGAAAAUGGAGGGUUCUAAUGGGUGUUAAGGCCAAAUAUCUUGUUCUCUUCACUUAAAGUCAUAAGUCCUAGGUUGGUACUAAUAGUCUUUUUAAAUAAUAGUCUUUAUAAAGCAAAAAUGACACAAUCUUGUUUUAAAGUCCUUUGUUGGAGUAAGGGCUACACGUUUCAAAACAGAUCAAAGCACUGAUGAGAACGAUUUGUAAGCUGCCUCCCUCUUGCUGGCUCUCUCCCAACCCAUAGUUUUGGAGCUUCAUUGUCAAUACUACUUGUAGCCAUUCAACAAGAGAAAACAUGUUGGUGCUUCUCCAUUGGUUCCAGUCUGGGUUGGGUUUUUGGAUUUUUGGUUUUUGAAUAGUGGGUCUUCUAACCUGGGCUUUGUUCUUCAGGAAACUUGAACAAGGUGUUGAAUGCCUGUUUCCACACGUUAGAUGGAUCUGCCUUAAUUGUAGAGUCAUGCCUUUUCUGCAGAUUGAAAGUUCUAAUGUAAAUACAUUUCUGUAUAGAGAUUGGAAGGCUCGACAUCUUCAUUGAUAAAGAUUCUAGUGUGCCCCUGGGAACAGACUUCCUAUCCUGAAACUGUUACACAUUGGAGGAAAUAUACAGCUAUAUUGUAAAGUCAAUCAUAUUGUUUACCUGUUGCUAGCUCAUUGAUUGUAGAUGAGCUCUCUGUUGAAAUGCUGCUAAAGCAUUUCAUAUAUAUCUAUAUAUACAUAUACAUACAUACAUUAUAUAUAUAUAUAUAUAUAUCUUUAUAGCUAUAGGUAGCGUAGGCUGAGAGGACAGAUUUUCACAGAGUAAAAUUUAUUUUCAUCAAUGAAGUGCUGUUUUUGAAGAUAUUCAGUACUGUAAAAUGAGAAUUUACACAUGCUUUAUGCCAGAUGGUAUAAAAUUAAUUUAUAUCUUUAUAAAGUCAAAUAAAUACUUUAUUUUUUAAA